AUGAGGCAGAGUGAAAACAACAUUGGAUUUCAUCUUGUUCUUGAGUGGAAGGGGGGGGUGACUGGACUGGGAGGGAUUGUUUACGAAAACAACUCAGCAGCGUUCCGUAGGCCUUGUGGUGGUGUCCUUGACUGCUUCUGCCCGCCCCUACCACCCAGGCGAGGGGGUAAGGUGCGCGGAUUUGUUUCAUGAAAGUCUAAUGCCCAUAGGCCCAAACUAUUAAUAUCCGUCCAUUUCGUUUCAGCCGGAAAUUUGACUGCCGAACGCACGAAGCGAGAGCUACAGAACAAUGCACGAUGGGAGAAAGGCACUACUGGUAAAUUUUAAAUCAUUUGAAACAAAGUAAAGCUGAAAGUAGUACAAGUUCAAAGUCAUAAAGUAAAAAUAUGAGUUAAAGAUUACAAAAUAACUUUGAAGCAUAUUAAAGUAGGUUUAAAUGUUGAAAGCUUGAUAUGUCCCAUCAAAAGGCCAAGUAAAUAUUUUGGAGCCUAUUUCAACUACCUUUCUUAUUUGAACACCUUUCGGGGCCUAAUUGUUAUUCUUUGUCAUCCCGACUUGUCAUAACCAUAGGAGAGUAAAGAAGUCGGCUCCGAACAUAACAAGUAAACACAGCUCACUUUAACGUUCCAAAGAGCAAACUUUUGAAAGAAAUUGAGAAAACGUGAGAGGAACGUGUGCACCAAACAUCACUUUUAAUAAUCUACACUACAAACAUGUGUCACGCUGUAAAUUACAAGUAAAAGUGGCAAGUGUGCACGGUAACACGAUCUACUACAAGUUGACAAGGCUACAAAAUGACUUGAAAUUCAAUAUUGAAGUGUAUACUUCAAAGAAAUGAAAACAUACGAAAGUUAAUAGAUUAAAGAUUACAGUAAACUGAUUACAGCUCACCCUCUGGAGAACAAAUCCGGAUUCCUGGCUACAGAAGCCACGGAGAAGCCGGAUACCAGGAGGACCAGAAGACCGUACAAAAGCAGAAACCGACAGCCAACGAUACUCACGAAUCCAGCAGUACAAACUACAGUUUCUAGUACAGUUACCACUACGGAGGCUACUACAACUACUGUAGCAACUUCUACAGUUGUGACGAGUAAACGUGAGACUCCGAAGCCUACAGAAGUUGUGGAUUCAAGGAAAUCUGUCUUGAUUGGAGUUGAGGAUGACCGAACAAGUAACGAUGGUUUGAAGACUUCUGAUUCUGAAGCGCUGCACGAUGGUGCCAAGAAUUCUGAAGAUUCUGGACUGUUUGACCGUGACUGGUUGGAGCUGGCUACAGAAAUGCUACUGUUCAGUGCUCCAGGAUUGGGAAUGCUGAUAGCUUUCUGGCCAUUGACAUUACUCUUCAAAUAUCAAGGAUCAAGAGUCAUCAUCGGAUUCUGUUUGUUAGCGUCAACACUGCUAUUGCUGUUACAACCAUCUUUGCUACAUUCAGGUAUGGUUUGAGUAAUUUAUUAUUAACAUGUUUUGUUAGACACACAAGGUUUAACUGUUGUUGUAACGUCAUAUAUAUUUAGGUAUUUGGAUGGUAAUCGCCUUACGGUUGAUCCAAGGAGCAACUUGUGCAGCAACGUUGUCAGUCAUCGGCCGAAAUGCUGCUAAUUGGGCCACGUUAAAGGAACAACUACUGUUUGUCAGCAUCUCGUUUGGAGCUAUAUUGGUAUGUUUAUAUGUACAUGUUAUGUAGCAUAAUAUAGUAUUUGAACUAAUGUAAAGUAAGCCUUUUAUGCUGUUUUACCUAAACGUUUUGUACUUUAUAGUGUUACAGUAGAUUGUGGUUAUAAGGAGACGUAUAUUUGACAAUAUUGUUUUAGUUUUCACCCGGAAUCUACUGGCUUCUCACCAUCAGAAUUCUAAAUGGAUCCAACGACCAUAUUGGUCUCUUACAUUACUUCUUCUCGGCUUCUACCUUCAUCGUCGCUUUGCUGUGGAUUCUGUUUUACCGUGACGAUCCUCAAGACCACAGAUGGGUCAACGGCAUCGAACUGAACCGGAUUCUGACUGGAAAAGCUCAGGUAAGCGUUACUGUGGAUACACAAUCUACAGUAUGCAUGUUUUUAUGUUGUGUGGUCCUGUCAUUUAAUGUUAUAAUGGAAUAUAUAUACUUAAAUUGGAUUAAGAGAGCUGAUGUUUGUAUUUUCAGCAGCAGAACAGACUUCUGAAGGCUAACGUAACUCGACUUUUGCUCAAAAGUUACAGUACCUGGUCGGUGCUGGUGGCGACAUUUGCAUAUUUCAGUGCUGUUGUGUUCUUUGCCACUUUCUUGCCGAUAUACUUUUUGAAAGUUUUAAAAUUCGAAAAGUUGUGUUCACUGACUUCUGUCACCUUCUUGGCUCCUGUAGGUUGUUACAAUACGAAGGGUAUUCGAAAUAUUUUGAUGAUUUUUUUGUUGUUUAAUAGUCUACUGUAACAUCAUAUCUGAUUAUUGUUGAUUUUAGACGUUUGUCCAUCUGUUCUCGGUGAUCUUCGACAAGCUUCUGAGUGGAUGCUCUUCCAAACUGAAGGCCAACUUCUUCAACUCGUUCGCCUUUGUUGUGACAGCCGUCUUCCUGUUCGUACUGGCUGCCGUACCUCCGAACGAACACUUUGCUUACAAGUAAAUUACUUUAUUAACUAUUUAGGCUAGCAUUAUAUUGUUUUUACAUAUAAUACUUAUGUUAAAAUUAGUAUUAUUCACUUUUAUAAGAAAUAAUAACAUUAUCUUACUCACUUUUAUAAUAACUUUAAUCUCUUUCAGCAGUAAAUGGUUGCUAAUGGUCUCAAUCAUGCCCUUAGGGUUCACUUCUCUCGGCUUUUUGUAUCAUACUGUAAUUUAUGGCCGCUUUUUCACUCAGUACAUUAUAUCCUUAUUCCAAGUACCAAUAGGACUGGCGCUGACUAUAGUACCAUCGAUGGUACUUCUUCUGACUGUUAACAAGUAAGUUGUCAUUUUAAGCUAAUAAGUUAUCACUUUAAAUUACAAUCUUUUAUUUUAUAAUUUUGAAAAUUAAAAAUUUGUAUUGUUAUAUUUUUAGUGAAGUCAAGUUCUGGCGUCUGAGUAUGAUAGUACUGUCAGCACUCUUAGUCCUUGGAGCACUUGUCUUUGGCGUUUUAAGCCGAGGACAGCCAGCUAGAUGGGCCGAACACUCGUGGGAUCCAGCCAACGAUUACAAGAUGAAGGACAUCAACCCGAUAUUGGGGACAGAGGAGUGUGGCCUACUCUCUGUCAGAAAGGUGGAAGAGGUACCAAAUGACUCUACUUGCUAA